AUGGCGAAUGCCCCAGACAGGUUCGAACUUUUUCUAUUAGGUGACGGCGAGAAGAAAGUCACCGAAGAGGCAGAUACACGUAUUCCCUCAUCAUCGAUCUUCACUUUCAACAAGGAAGAUCAUACUCUCGGUAAUCUUCUCCGCUCGCGACUUCUACAAUCGCCACACGUCAAAUUUGCCGGCUACAAAGUGCCUCAUCCACUUGUCAGUAAAUUUGAACUCCGAGUUCAGACUAAUGGCACCCUCAGCCCUCGCGCCGCCCUAAUGCAAUGCUGCAAAGAUCUGGUCAACGACCUGAGCAUUCUAAGCCGCGAGUUCACCAAAGAAUUCGAAUUGAGGAAAAUGGUAGGGGACGGAGCUAAGGCGGAUGAGAAGAAGGACGAUAAAAGGGCGGGGAGAUGA